CUUUGAAUCCGACCUCAAACGAGCGCUACUUGAGAGAGAUUGUAGGAAAGCGUGUUGUUUGUUAUUGUUUUAGUGGAAAGCGUUAAUUAUUUACCUCAGCUGACUUAGGCUACAAAAAACAACAGCGCUGUAGUAUUUUGUCGCGCUACUCGUUUUCCCAGCAAACAUUUGGACGUUUAAUGACCGUUGAAACGUCCCGUCAUGGUUGAAAAAAUAGCUCCAAAAUGAAAGUUAUGAAAUGUAUCUGAAAACAUUUUUAGAAAAUGUUCUUUGUUACAUAUUUUUAUCGAUUUAUGCCGUCCUACCGCGACUAUUUUGGCCAAUGUUUGCUGGGAAACGCUCGUUGGAAAAAUUAAACUAUUUGAAAACAGCUAAAUUUCGUUCAUGCUUCUGAACACAGAGUUACGUUCGCUCUAGCAUCUGCAGUAUUUCCGAUUAAAAUCGUGAAACUGACUGAAGGGACGCGUGAGAAAGGUACCAGAGUGAGUCUCUCUUGACAGUGAGGUAAAUAGCGACUGAGAGGGUAAAUAGUUCUGUCUCUUUAAGUUGGUGUCAAAGCCGAUUAGCGCUGAUCUCGGUCGUGAUUCUGUUGUACCGUCUGCUCACUGUAUCUAUUUUUGUUUUACGUCCUUGCGCGCAGUUCAGAUCAUAUUUUUAUUAAUAUUUGCUGACUCUUUUACUGUAUUUUCGCUUCUUUUUUUAUUUAUUUAUUUUUUUAAAUCACUCGCACUCCUUUAUAUAGCUGUGCGUAAUUACGCGUUACGCGCGUCUGGAAUCUCCUUUACGCGCAGCAUCAGCGCUUUUGGCUGGAUUUUAGAUCAUCAUCUCUGGCUGCUGUGUGUGAGGAUGAGAUUGAUGAUGGGCUCAGUGUGACAAUCAGGACUUUAAGAUGCAGAAGAGCGUGCGUUAUAAUGAAGGACACGCGCUCUAUCUGUCUAUGGUCGCGCGUAAAGAGGGAAUUAAACGUGGGUAUUUGAGUAAAAAAGCGGCAGAAAACAACCGCUGGACCGAGAAGUACUUCGCGCUUUACCAGAACGUGCUGUUCUACUUUGAGAACGAGCAGAGCACCAGACCAUCUGGGAUUUAUUUGCUGGAGGGAUGCUCCUGCGAGAGGAUUCCGGCUCCAAAAGUGUCCACCGUUGGGAAAGAGACCUCAGAUAAACAGCAGCAUUACUUCCUGGUGAUUUUCGGCCACGAUGGGCAGAAACCUCUGGAGCUGCGGACAGAAGAGGAUGCUGACUGUAAUGAGUGGGUGGAGGCCAUUCAACAGGCCAGUUAUUCAGACCUGAUCAUAGAGCGGGAAGUUCUCAUGCAGAAAUACAUCCAUCUGGUGCAGAUCAUGGAGACGGAGAAAGUGGCGGCAAAUCAACUGCGGACGCAACUGGAAGACCAGGAUACAGAGAUCGAGAGACUGAAGGCAGAGGUUGUUGUUCUGAAUAAAACGAAAGAGCGAAUGUUGCCCUAUCAGUCCAAUCAAGAGGAAGAAGAUCCAGAUAUCAAGAAAAUCAAGAAGGUGCAAAGCUUCAUGCGUGGUUGGCUGUGCAGGAGGAAGUGGAAGAUUAUCGUGCAGGACUACAUCUGCUCACCUCACGCUGAGAGCAUGAGAAAGAGAAACCAGAUCGUCUUCAACAUGGUGGAGGCCGAGACGGAGUACGUGCUCCAGCUCUCCAUCCUGGUCAACUGCUUCCUGCGGCCGCUCAGGAUGGCCGCCAGCUCCAAAAAACCCCCCAUUAGUCAUGAUGAUGUCAGCAGUAUCUUCCUCAAUAGUGAGACGAUAAUGUUUCUCCAUGAGAUUUUCCAUCAAGGCUUGAAGGCUCGGAUAGCCAACUGGCCAACGUUAGUUUUAGCGGAUCUCUUCGACAUCUUGCUGCCGAUGCUGAACAUUUAUCAGGAGUUUGUGCGAAACCAUCAGUACAGUCUGCAGGUUCUGGCCAACUGUAAACAGAACCGGGACUUUGACAAGCUUCUGAAGCAGUAUGAAGCGAACGCCGCCUGUGAGGGCAGAAUGCUGGAGACCUUCCUCACCUACCCCAUGUUUCAGAUCCCACGAUACAUCAUCACCCUUCAUGAGCUCCUCGCCCACACGCCUCAUGAACACAUCGAGCGCAAGAGUCUGGAAUUUGCCAAAUCCAAACUUGAGGAAUUAUCCAAAAUGAUGCAUGAUGAAGUGAGUGACACAGAAAACAUCCGUAAGAAUCUCGCGAUCGAGCGAAUGAUUGUGGAGGGCUGUGAUAUUCUGCUGGACACCAGUCAGACGUUUGUACGGCAGGGCUCUCUGAUUCAGGUGCCCUCUGUGGAGAAGGGUAAACUGAGUAAGGUGCGUCUGGGCUCGCUGUCGCUCAGGAAAGAAGCUGAACGCCAGUGUUUCCUGUUCACUAAACACUUCCUCAUCUGCACACGCACCUCCGGCGGCAAACUGCACCUGCUCAAACAAGGAGGCACAUUGUCUCUGAUAGAGUGUACACUUAUCGAGGAGCUGGACGCCAAUGAUGAAGACUAUAAUGCUGCUGGUCAGGGGUUCAAUCAUCUGGAGUUUAAAAUAGUGGUUGAACCUGCUGAUGGUCCGUCGUUUUCAGUUGUUCUCCUCGCUCCGUCUCGGCAGGAGAAAGCGGCCUGGACCAGCGACAUGAGCCAGUGCAUUGACAACAUUCGCUGCAAUGGCUUGAUGACCAGCGUGUUUGAGGACAACUCCAAAGUCACCGUGCCUCACAUGAUCAAGUCUGAUGCCCGACUGCACAAAGACGACGUGGACAUCUGCUUCAGUAAGACGCUGAACUCCUGCAAGGUGCCACAGAUCCGUUACGCCAGCGUGGAGAGACUCCUGGAGAGGCUGACCGACCUGCGCUUCCUGUCCAUCGACUUCCUCAACACCUUCCUCCACACCUACCGAAUCUUCACCACUGCUGCUGUGGUGAUGGACAAACUGGCUGACAUCUACAAGAAGCCCUUCACCUCUAUACCUGUCAGGGUUCAGUAUCAUUCUUCCGACCGUUUGUCCAUCUCCUCCAUCUGUCCAGACUACAGCCUGAAGAUCACAAGGCUUGCGCUGGACCAGUCCAAGUCCCUCGAGCUUUUCUUCGCCACCAACCAAGGCCCCUGGAGUGGAGAACACCUGAACAACAAAUCCCCCCGGCUUUCUCGCAAGUUCUCCUCCCCUCCACCCAUCUCCAUCCCCUCGCGCACGUCUUCCCCCAUCCAUUCCCGAAAGCUGUCCCUUAGCUCUCCUGUGAGCUGUAAGAGCGGCGCCUUGGACCUGUCGACGGCCAGUUCCUCUGCGGCAAGCAGCCCGACGUCUCCCUACAACCCCAUCAUCUCCUCCCCUCCCCACACCUGCACCAAAGCCCCUCUGGACCUCAGCCGGGGCCCCAGCUCCCCCGAGCUCAGCCCCUCCACCCCAGAGGAGGGCGGGGAGCUGCCGCGAAUAGAUGCUUUCUGUGGGAAGCUGCGACGGAGUAUUCGACGAGCUGUACUGGAGUCAGUAUCGUUGGACAAGUUCAUUCCUGAGACGCCCACGUCCAGUGAUUCUGCAGACAUGUCUCCAUGCCGCUCCCCGUCCACACCGCGACACCUUCGCUACCGACAACCUGCAGGUCAGUCUCCCGAGAGCUCCCGCUGUGCUGUGUCCCCCGCGUCCGCCUUCGCCAUCGCCACCGCCGCAGCUGGACACAGCAGCCCGCAAGGGUUUACCAACCCAGAGAAAUCGUACGAUAAAGAGUUCCUUAUCCGCAGGGCCGCCACCAACAGAGUGCUCAACGUCCUGCGCCACUGGGUUUCCAAACACUCACAGGACUUCGAGAUGAACGCAGAGCUGACGACGGCUGUGGUCGCACUGCUGGAGGACGUGCUGCGAGAUCCAGAUCUUCUGCCGCAGGAGAGGAAGGCCACAGCUAACAUACUGAGUGCACUUUCUCAAGAAGAUCAAGAUGAUUCACAGUUGAAGAUUGAGGAUAUUGUCCAAAUGUCCGAGUGUCCGAGGGUCGAAUGCUUUGAGUCACUGUCGGCGAUGGAACUAGCGGAACAAAUUACUUUACUGGACCAUAUUGUGUUCCGGAAUAUUCCAUACGAGGAGUUUCUUGGUCAAGGCUGGAUGAAAGCGGACAAAAAUGAAAGGACUCCGUACAUCAUGAAGACCAGUCAGCACUUCAAUGAUAUGAGUAAUCUGGUAGCGUCUCAGAUCAUGGCUCAAUGUGACGUGAGCUCCAGAGCCAACUCCAUUGAGAAGUGGCUGGCUGUGGCGGAUAUAUGCCGCUGUCUCAACAAUUACAACGGAGUCUUGGAGAUCACGUCCGCACUGAACCGCAGCGCCAUCUACAGGUUAAAGAAAACAUGGGCCAAGGUUUGCAAACAGACCAAAGCACUCAUGGACAGGCUGCAGAAGAUAGUUUCAUCUGAAGGGAGGUUUAAGAACCUGAGGGAAACUCUGAAAAACUGUAACCCUCCGUGUGUGCCCUAUCUGGGCAUGUACCUGACGGAUUUGGCGUUUAUCGAGGAAGGAACGCCCAACUUCACAGAGGAGGGGCUCGUCAACUUCUCUAAAAUGAGGAUGAUCUCACACAUAAUACGAGAGAUCCGACAGUUUCAGCAGGCACCCUACAGGAUAGAACUGCAACCCAAGGUAACACAGUUCCUCCUUGACAAGACUCUUGUAAUGGACGAGGACACGCUUUAUGAAUUAUCUCUGAAGAUUGAGCCAAGACUCCCUCCUGCCAACUAAGCGUGACAAGAAUGUUUACACCAGACGCAGAUAUCAAGUAAGAGAGUUUUGUAGUCAGUUUGUGGGAAUCAAUACUUCCAAUCUUUCCAUAUAUUUACUUCAUUGCAUAUCAUUUUGUAUUGUGAAUUUUUUUCUUCUGUAAACUCAGGUAUAAAUGUGCCUUUUUGUAAAUAUUAUGUACAGUUAUUAUAUUCCGGAGUGCAUAUUUCUAGCAUGAUACAUUUUAAUAUCAAUUUGAUAAUCUCUUGAAAUGUUUUUACCUGAAUGCAAAAUAUCAGUUCCAUUUUAAAAGUCUGAUCAUUCCCUUAGUAUAGUAUAAUGAGAAUCAUAUUUGUAUGUGUGCAAAUGUCUGUUCAGAUUCUCGCUGAAGUGUGUGAUUGAUGUUCGCUGCUCCUAUUUUGACAAGCAAGUUUCUUAAUCACUCGUCCAUUAAAAUCCGCCCAUAUGUAUGUCAAUUCUUUAAUCUGGAGUUUGCUGAAAUGUCGAAGCUCAAACAAGCACCUUUACUGUUUACCAAAAGAAAUAUUUGUCAUUUGUUAAUGUUAGGGAUUAUUCGUUUACACAGCAGGUCAGCUGCAUUUUGCCACGAGGCUGCAUUUGCUCAUUUAGCAUGUUUUUGUUUGUAGAAAUAUUUGAUAUUUUUGGCUUGUGUUUGCAUGAAUCUGUAUUUAAUAUACAGUAAUCUUAGAAAAUUCAUUUUCAUUAUAUUUUAAAUUUGUCUUUAACUUACGGAUUAACAAUUGCAGGUUCUAUUGUUCAAAGCAUUAUGUAUAUUCUACACUUAACUCUUUCCCUGCCAGCGUUUUUUUUUUUUUUGAUCAUUUUCACAAAACUUUCAUGGCCCCCAGAAUAUUUUGUUGUAUGAAUAUCUGAACACACAAUAUAUCAAAAGAAAUACAUCUCUUUCUAGACAUCUCACAAUAUAUCUCUUUGAAUGGGGAAACAUCAAAUUCUCCAAAGUUGAUCACCAAGCUUAUGAUUAAAUUUCAUAUUUGAAUUCACCAAUGAAACAGCUGAAUCAUAAAUUUUCCUUCUAAACCCUCAAAUCAUGACAAAAAACUGCAUUUUUCAGGUUGAACCAGCCAAUGCACAUGUGCAGUCCUAAGCGCGCAUCUCAGAACGCUGACUGUUGACAGCUGCAGUGACGCAGUGACUUUACCAAUUGGCGAUUGGCUCUUUUAUUUAGAAGGCGGGACUUAUUCUCCCAUAUUGUGAGUUGCACUUUUCUCCAAUUCAUAGUAAUAAGAGUGCACCGUCUUUGUGUAUCUAUUUAGAUUUAAUCAGGGUUGGAGCUAAACUCUGCAAGAAAGUGGACCUCGAGGGCCAGAGUUGAGAACCCCUGUGAUAGGUUGUGUCGUAAAUGACGGAAAAUCUCAUCAAUGGCGGGGAAAGAGUUAAUGAAACUGUUAAAAAUGACCAUUAUAAAGUGAUGGUAAUGCCAAGGUACUUUAGAACUGAUUUAUUACCAUAUCUGUGUUCCAUGGUAUUUACACCGCAAUCCAUAAAUGAUGGUACUUUUUGGUGAAUGCAGAUAAAGUGGUUUAUUGUUGAUUUCAACUUGAGCAGGGAUUUAUUAACCAGUAUACAGUUUUUUCAUAAAGUUUACUCUACCCACAUGUAUCGUGGCAGAAUUAAAUUUUUAAACAAAUGUUUUUAAGUGUGCAUUUUAAGUCUGUUUUUGUACAAAUAGAAACAGAUUACUGUUUUUUGAUUAAUUCAAACAUAGUUUCAGCAGAAUAUGUACAGUGCCCUGUUUAUUUAAUUGGUUAUAUAUGUGUUUAUUUUAACUUCUACCUGGAAAACAUAGUCAUUGAGAACUUUAAGCAGUCCUGCGUUGUUGUUUUUAUUUAAACAAUGUUGUUGACUCAUGCACACUUCAUGAAGGAGUGUCUUUACCUCUUUUCAUAUUUUCUUUUUUCAAUCACCAACAUAAAUGUACACCUAUCCAUUGACAUAACUGUAAAUUAUGAAAUAAAACUUUUUUUGUCUUA